AUGUUCUCGCUGUGGUUCUCAUUAAUUGCACUGUCAUUACGGUCAGUAUCUGCAAAGAAACUUCCCGAUAUCUACUGGAAUUCAACAAAUUCACUAGUUGAGCGAUUCGCUGCCAUCGGUGACUCGUUGGACAUCAUUUGCCCCUACUAUGAACCUGACAUCGAACCCUCAUCUACUGAACAGAGUAUCAUAUACAGAGUCAGUGAAUCUGAUUACGAGACCUGUACCUUAUCGUCGACGGCCAGAGAACUUGGCAGAUGCAUUUCACCGAUGAGACGGGACAAAGUUAAAGUGUCAUUCAGACUGUUGAGUCCGAAUCCUUCAGCUCUCGACUACCGACCCGGACACACAUACUAUUUCAUAUCAACUUCUACCGGAACCAAACGUGGCUUAGAAAAUCGAUACGGAGGAUUAUGCGCCAGUCAUCAGCUCAAAAUGGUGAUACAUGUGACGGACAAAAACGGCGAUAUUAGCAGUCAUAUUCAUCGUAUUCAUCGAAAACCAGUCACAACAACUACGACCUCUACACAAGCUCCGGCAGAUGCCCGUUGGCCAUCGGAUCCAUUGUGGGGAGAGUUUUUCGAGAAGGUGGGACGCGGUGAGAAUCCAAUCCAAUGGGCUACAGUAACCCGUGGAGAACGUGUGCCGUUAGAUGGAGGAAACCGACGACAUGAGUAUGAAGCGCUUGCGCUCGGUGAUGAAGUUGAUUUUCAAAUUCAUGAGAUUGGAGAUGUUGAAAGCCUGUUCUCUUCGGGACCCGCUCGACCAUCAACAGCACUGGCCGUUAUUCUCCUUGCUACAAUACUUCUCACAUUAUAG